GCCCGCCCUCCGCGGCGGAGCCAAUGGGAAGGCGGAGCGGAGUGUCCUCUCCCCCAGGUGGGCGGGACAGCGCUCCGACAGAGCCGGGCUCGGCAGGCAUGCGAGAGCCAGGGGCGCGGGAGGAGAGAGCGGGCCUGGGCGCCGCGAGGCCGCGGAAGGCAGCGCCCCCUGGGGCGGAGGAGGCCGAGGCCCGCUACGAUCCGUACGAGUGGUACAACGUGCGGGAGUGGAGCGGGCCGCGGGGCCCGGGCUCCGGCGGGAAGGGCCGCAGCCGCCGGGAGAGGGAGCUGCGCACCAACCGCCACCUCCCCGCCGGCCACGAGAGGAAGAUCGCCCAAAAGCUGCGCAACAGCCAGGCCAAGCGGCGCCGCCGGGAGCAGCGCGGGCCUCGCUCCACCCGGGCCGGGAGGCGCAGCGCCAGGGCUGAAUAGCAGACCGGAUGUUAAACUUCUUCCCGCAUUCCAACUGCUGUUCCCCUUAGAAAAAGGGAGCCCUGUUCAGGAAUGCUAUGCAAUGGGAUCUCCUUAACCUCACCUGCUGCACUGCUUAAAUACCAUGUCUUGCAGGACAAAUAAGUGACACCUUUUUCAAUAAGACCAAGGUCCUUGCAACUUUUUUUGCCUCAUCUUGUGUUAUUUUAUAUAAUGACAACAGUAUGCUAAGAACUUUACAGACAAAUAUGAAGCCAGGGUUUGGGUCUUGGAGACUUUACAUUUGAAGGCACUACAAGCAUAUCUUUUAGUAUGGAUGCUUGUGCCCAGGUGAAGCUUUAUCAAAGUCAGGGUUCCUUGCUAGUAGAUCCUGCUGCAGGGUCCAUAGAUGCAUGUUUUAAGUAGUCUUGUUGAACUCAAUGAGCUUACUCAGGUGUGUAAAAAUUUGCAAGAUUGGGGCCUUAAAUCUCUGGGUUGUUGAUUAAGGCCUUGAUUUUACAUGUGCAGGUGGAUCUCUUGUACUCACAAAGAACCCAGUUGAAGCUGGUGAAUGAGAGUCGUUGUGGGUACUGGGAUCCAACUGCACGUGUGAGUUUGGAAGAUCUGGGCUUAAGUGAUAGAGUUGUGAUUUUCAAAGCAGAAUAAAUUAGGGAGAUUUUGGGCAUCUUUAAAAAUCCCAGCCAGAAUGUUGAAAAGGACACCAUUACAUGAAAUCAAAGGGGUUGUUUUGUUUUUUUAAGGGGGAUUAAAGUAGUUUCAAAUUUUUUUUUUUUAAAUUUUCACUAUUUUCAAAAAUAUCUGUCCCUUAUUGCUGUUUGAAAGACCCAUACGAAUAGGGGAAGCUGACUACGGCCCCUAUCGUGCACAUGCUUAAUUUUACUGACAUGAGCAGUCCCAUUGUGUACUAUAAUAAGGGCUACUGCUGUGCUUAAAGUUACACACGUGCAAUUACAGUAGCAGCAAGGGGCUCUCAUCAGGAUCAGAACUCUAUUAUGCUAGAUGCUUCACAACUGUAACAGGCAUUGUAGAUAUGGUUCUUGCUCCAAAGAACAGGCACAUGAGUAGUCUCACAGUGAUUUACGUAGGCAUGUAAAACUGUGAGCAUAGAUGUUCGCAGGAUCUAGGACCUAAAAUACAGGGGCAACUACAUAUUAAGUGGGAUCAAAACCACAAAAUAAACUGAAAUAUACGUUCUCAUCAAGUUCUGUUGAUCUUAAGUGUUGUAACAACAGUAAAUUAACACACUCUUCUCUAAUUUGUAUUAAGUAUAUCCCUUUUAGCUGUCCUGUUAGGGCAAUGUUGGUGUUUUUCUUUGUUUUUAAAUGACUGGUUAUGUAUAUUGGCAUUGGGCUGUACGUAGUACCUUUUUAUGUACUGGUUAAUUGUAAAUAAAAUUUCUAAUAAAUGAAAGCUGUAUGAA